AGAUUUUGAGAUGUGACCGGCUGUGUUCCCUGUAGGUCACUUUGCUUUCGCUGGUGCCUCCUCUCAUGUUGUUCCUGGCCAAGUCGCCCUUGGUGGACAAGUACGACCUGUCAUCAGUCCGGUUUAUAAUGGCAGGGGCUGCUUCACUCAACCAAGACAUGAUGGAGACGAUUGCUAACAGGCUUAACUUGAAAUUCCUCAUGCAAGGAUAUGGCCUAACAGAGGCGACUGCUGCCAGCACCAUAAUGCCCCAUGAUGUCAUCAACUAUGGCCCGGUGGGGUUACUUCUACCAAACACUGAGAUGAAGGUCAUUGAUGUCACUUCGGGGAAACCUCUUGGCUCAGGUCAAGACGGGGAGAUUUGGUUGAGAGGACCACAGACCAUGAAAGGAUACCUCAAGAACCCAGAAGCCACUGCACAGAGCAUCGACAAAGAUGGCUUCUUGCACACAGGUGAUAUUGGUCAUAUCGACGAAGAUGGCUUUUUGUGGAUUGCAGAUCGACUCAAAGAACUCAUCAAAUACAAGGCAUUCCAAGUUCCCCCAGCAGAGUUGGAGGCCUUACUCCUUACACAUCCUCAGAUUCUGGAUGCUGGGGUGAUAGGGGUGCCUGACCAAGCAGCUGGCGAGCUGCCCCGGGCGUUUGUGGUCCGCAAGACAGAGAGCCUGACCCUCGAGAUGGUCCGAGACUUUGUGGCAGAGAAUGCUUCCCCACAUAAGUGGCUUCGUGGGGGUGUUGUUUUCCUGGAUCAGAUCCCCAAGUCUGCUAGUGGCAAGAUCCUCCGAAGAGAAUUAAAGAAAUGACUUCAAUCCUCACUCUGAUUGACAAGGUGAACACCCUCUGACUGGUAACACUGCCAAGUUAUGAAUUGACAGGAAAGGCUCGUAUUUACUCAGCAAUUCAGUGAAGUGAUUUGUAAGGGCUUUCGGUGCAGAUGGACUUUGCACUGAAAUUAUUUUUCCGUUUUUCUGCAUGGCAUUGCCAGUUUUGUCAAGAAAAAAAAGUGGAAAGUUGAAACGUAUGGAAAGUGCUUGAGGAUUAAGUUUUUGUCACCAACUCCUUUUCUAAUGAGAAGAAAUUCAAUUUGAAUUAUUUAUGUUCUAUCAGAUUUGUAAUGAAUUUCUUAUGAAUUAAACCCUCUUUCCAAAAAUUAUUUUAUCACUACAAAUUGUUAUGGUGUCAGUUUUCAGAAGAGAGGCUACCCAUAAAUUGUUCCUUUGUGAGACCAUUUAUGUACUUUUAAUUUAAGUCAAAAGCUACGUUCGACUCACUUCAAUACAGAGUUUGUGCUCUUUAGUGUUUAUUUUUCCAUACAAUUCAUUAGCACCAAACUGGGUCUUUAAUGACAUUUUAACAUCCUUCUUUAUAACUGUCAACUUAGUUUAAAUUCAACUCAGUUUAAAGUGACUAAGCGGAAGGAUUGCGUUUCUGGACAAAAUACCUGAGUUGGUGGGCGGUAAGAUUCUCAGACGACUUUUGAGAGAACGUGUCAAGAUAUCAACGGAAAGAGGUAUAGGGUCUGGCAUUUUUUGAGGUUGCACAAAUCAUGGAAGACCUGGUAUUUGGAUUCUGGCUACCUAUAUGCCGAUUAGUUUAAGGGCCUUUUUGUCCUUGGCUUGAAGGCUUCUGCUCGUCUCUUCGGAUAAUACUUAACAUCAUUGACGAUAAUUACAGUUUCCCUCCAGAAGACAACACUAAAUUAUAUGCUUCUAAUUUCACGAGACAAAUCGGUUGAGUUUGUGGACUUUAAGAACAGUUUGUUUGCAAAAGGAAAUCAGUUUUCAUUUUUGAUGAUUCAUUUUGCAUCAAUCACCGCUAAUCAGUUGAAAACCUCGCACUACUGUGGAUUGAAUUUUCGUUUACGUCACUCUGCUUAAUCCUUAUAACUCUUGCAUGCAAUAAGAUUUUAUAUAAUAACUUUAAAAUCCAUUUUAAUUAAUAUAUUUUCAAAUUGUUUACUUUUAUCCAUUUAUCCAUUCUGUAAACGUAUACCCACAUUUUUAAAUUAAGUUAUACGUGAUGGUAAUUUAUGCAGUAUUUAUGGUGAAUUUUAAUGGCAGGUGUUGCUGGCAAAGAUUUCCUCCAUUAAGUUUGAAAUUUGUAAGUUCUUAGUUGUAAGUAGUUGCCUCCCAAAUCGAGUUGGUCAAAGUUUAUACAACAUUUAUGACGAACGUUGGGUCAGAUAUCAACUGGUCCAAAAGUUGGGCAAAACUUGAACCAACAGCAGUUGGGCAAAUAAGAUUGUUCAAUUAUUGGGUAAAAAUUUGACAAAAUUUGUUGGUAAAAACUUUCGCUCAAAAACGGGUAAUAAUCCUUAACCAAAUGUUGGGCUAAUUAUUGAACGAAAUCUUGGUUCAAAAUUAUCCAGUGAUUUAGACGGUUGAUAUCUGACCCAAUAUUGGGCAGCAGUGUUGGUCAAAGCUUUUACGCAACAAAUUCACCAAUUUCUGGUCAAUUACAUUUAAAACCGAAUUUUCAAAAACCUUCAUCAUUUUCUGGUUUCGAUUUUAUUCAGCAUGCAUACGUAGCAGACAUUUGUCAUGAUGUCAUGGCUUUAAAAGCUCGUUUCUAAGUUACAUGAAUAUUCCUAAAUAAGGUACCUGUAUAAAGGGAUAAAAUCUAACUUUUCAAUUUACUCAAAAUUUACCUUUUUUCUCGAACUAGCUAAGAGUCAAUGGGCCCAUCAGUGUAAGGACUACCUUUAGUUGGAUUUAGAUCCGAUGUAAUUGCAGAUCUAGACUGUUUCACAGAUAUACCAGGAUAUACAUUCAAUUCAUACCUCAAGUAAAACCUGAAAUCAGUAGGACUUGUGCGACUUUAACACCAAUGAUGGGCCCAUGACGAAUGAUCAAAAUAUCACAAGUUAGGUUAUAACUAACAGUUGUACCCAAGCUUCAAGAUUGCUAAGGACCAUCUGGAUCAUGCACGGUAUUCAAAGGCAUACAUUCAACAUGUCAAUCAGACUGGCUUAUAUCGAUGUUAAUAAAUUGAAACACUGAGGGAACAACAGAAAUACUCAAAAUUGAUAGUAACUUCUUUGGUACUUACAUGCAAUUCUCAUUCAUGUCAAUAACUUCAUCUGGAUCAAAUUUGAUCGGGGUCUUUACUCUUCAACAGGAACAUAACUUAAACCUGAGCUAUGGUCCCUGUGUCCCUUUAAGGCUGAUGGCAAGCUUUUUGAUAAUGAGUUGUAAUCAUUCCUCCAUGGGUUAAUCACCUGCAUGCUGUACAAAUAGUGAACUACGAAUUGAGUAUCGAUGAUUUACACAAUUAUUUUACACAUGCCCAGUGUAGGUGAGAUAUGCUGGCACGGCCCCUCUCUCCUCUGUCACAAAGUUGAGUUCCAAUUUCGAUACAAUAUACAAACAGAUGUGUGUCAUCUCCUGAAAUGGAAAAAUUUAUAAUAAUCUGCAACAAAUCGAGUCAUUUGAAGUAACCCUCAAGAUAUUUAGUUGUGACACGGUGGCUUAAUUGUCAUUGAUAAGAACGGAUAUAAAAAGUUAAAUCAGGGGCGGAUCCAGGAUUUUCCGUAAAGUUAGGGAGGCUGGAUAAGGGGCCGUCUACAAAGUACGUACGUACGAAAGGGGCGGGGCGUUGAGUACGCCAUGCGUACAGAGCAGAGGGGGGUUCAAGCCAUGUGUGAACAUCUUUUUUUUAAGCUGCCAAGCAAAUCACACUUUCCAGGGCCUUUCAAUAAAGAAAUAUCCAUAUAAAAA